AUGAAGCGUGUACGACACAAAUAUACUAAUCGUCGUCGCUGUUUGUAUAGCACUUUAUGUUUUAUCAUUGGGUGUAGUGUUCUUAUUAUUAAAUUUAGUUGGUACGAUGCUCAACGAUCGAUAUGUUUACCUAAAAAUCCUGAUGAUGAAAUAAUCGAUCGUCAAGAUGAAUGGCAAUAUCAAAAUGGCAUCACUGGUCAAUGGUAUCAUUGGAGAACAGUAUACAAAAGGCGAAAUAAUCAAACUGAAUGGCGUGCCAAUUGGUUAAAUGCUGCUCCAAAAUCGUAUCUCGGUGUUAUUGUCUAUUUGGCUACAUUCGGUGACCUUAAAUCGCUUCAGACAUCACUUACUCAGCUGUCUCGUAUGCUAUCAAAUAAUCCACGACCUGUUGCCAUUUUUCAUGAAGACGAUCUAAGUAAUAAUGACAUUCAGCAAUCUCUAGCUCAAAUAUUAGGUAAUUCUACUCCAUUAACUUUUGAACAUAUCAAAUUUUCUAACAUUUCAAUUCAACCUGGACGCCUUCAUCGUCGAUGGGCCCCCAAGUAUUUUCAUAUGUGUCGGUUUUUUACUCUGAUGCUUCCAAAUCAUCCUUUAUUAACAUUAUUUUCAUACUAUUGGCGACUUGAUACACAUUCUUAUAUAUUUGGAGGGCAGCCUAUUGAAGAUCCAUUUGAAAUCAUGCAAAAACGAAAAACUCAAUAUGCUUUUACCAUGGCUAAUAGAGACAAUGAAGUGCAUACUAUUGGUUUAUGGACAUUUUUUCAUCAAUUUCUCCAGGAUCAUUGUUUGAAACCUUCAAAAAAUUUCCUUAAAACACAGCCUGGUUGGAUUGAUAGUUAUUCAACUGCGAUUUUUUUCACAAAUUUAGCUAUAGCAAAUGUUUCUCUUUUUCGUGAUCAUCCAUUGAUACGAGCUUGGCUUCAUAGAGUGGAUCGUAGCGGUAGUAUUUAUCGUUAUCGAUGGGGUGAUGCACCUGUUCAUACUUUAAUUCUUACUCAAUUGAUUCCACGAAACCAGAUUUUACGUCUUAGAUAUUUCGGAUAUAUGCAUCGAAAUGAAUAUGUCUGCGCUAAGGGCAUAAAAGAUGAUUUGUGUAAAGCACAAAUAAAAACAGUCUUUCCAGAUCCUAAUCUUAUCUUUUACAAUCAUCCAGGUGGGUGUAAUCCAUCUUUUGGAAAUCCUUUGUGCCAUUAUUAUCCAGAGAUUACACUCUGA